GAAUACAAAGUUAAGGCUAAACAGCAGGUUUUUCGGGCUGCAGUAUCUGACUAAGAUGCCAAACUCGACAAACUUGAAUUUUCUGAAUGAAACCCGAACACCCGGAUAUAGUCUUCACGUGUUAGUGAAAACACUGGGUUGUACCAGUAAGAAGAGUUAUUUUCUGAGAAAGCACAGGUGUUCUCACUAUGGAGAGCCAGAAACAGGUGCUGGAGAGGCUGCGGGGUGCUUUCCGCUCAGGUGUGACCCGUCCCGUCCAGUUCCGUUUGACUCAACUGGAGGCCAUGAUGUCACUUUUUGAAGACAAUGAAACACAGAUUUUGGAGGCAAUGCAUAAAGACCUUGCUAAGCCCAAGUUUGAGGCAGUGCUGUCAGAGAUUGAUAUAGUGGUGAAUGACCUUUGCUGCACCAUCAGCAACCUGCAAACCUGGAUGCAGGACUCUUAUGUGGGCACAAACUUGCCAACAAAGCUGGAUGACUGUUUUGUGCGCAGGGAGCCAUUAGGUGUCGUUUUGAUUAUUGGAGCAUGGAACUAUCCCCUUCAGCUAAUUUUGUCACCUUUGAUUGGUGCAAUCGCUGCAGGUAACUGUGCGAUUCUGAAGCCAUCAGAAAUAAGUCAAGCAACCGAAAAACUUAUUGCUGAACUCAUUCCUAAGUACCUGUCCCAGGAGUGUUAUGCAGUCAUUUGUGGUGGAGCAGAAGAGACCAAGACAUUGCUGGAGAAUAGAUUUGAUCAUAUCUUCUAUACAGGCUCACAGUCAGUGGCUCGUUGCAUCCUGCAGGCCGCAGUGGUUCACCUCACCCCAGUUACUCUGGAGCUGGGUGGCAAGUGCCCUUGUUUAAUAUAUGGCCGGCUAGACAUGAAAGCUGCUGCUAAGAGGCUGGUGUGGGCCAAGUUUUUCAAUGCUGGACAGAGCUGUGUGGCUCCAGACUAUGUUUUAUGCACCGCUGAGACGAGAGAAAUGCUGUUACCUUUUAUAAAAGAGGCUCUGGAGAGCUUUUACGGAUCUGAGCCCCAGCAAAGCCCAGACAUGGGACGUAUUGUGACAGAUAGACACUGGAACCGACUGGUUGAGCUGCUGAAAAAGUCUGAGGGAAAGGUAGUGAUUGGAGGAGAGAGUGUCAAAGAGACCAAGUACUUUGCCCCUACUGUGGUCGUAGAUGUGAAGGAGUCGGAUGCUUUAAUGCAGGAGGAGAUUUUUGGCCCCAUUCUCCCCAUUCUGACCAUCAAGUCUCUCGAUGAAGGAAUCAAUUUCAUGAAUGAGAGGGAAAAGCCCCUGGCACUUUACGCCUUCUCUGAUGAUUCUCAAGUUGUUACUACAGUUCUGGAGAGGACCAGCAGUGGAGGCUUCUGUUCCAAUGAUGGAAUAGCUCACAUGACCCUUCCUGGUUUACCCUUUGGCGGGGUGGGUGCCAGUGGGAUGGGCAACUACCACGGUCGCUGGAGCUUUGAGACAUUCAGUCACAAGCGUGGCUGCAUGCUGAGGGGCUGGGUGCUGGAGCGCGUCAAUGUGCUGCGCUACCCCCCCUAUACUGAAAGCAAUCUCAGCUGGCUACGCUGGGCCACCACUGCCAAGAAGAAGGGGUGGGCUUCAUGCUCUGUUAUGUGAGGGCUGUUAUGUGUCUGAUGCUGACAGAUUGCAACCAGGGAACCAAAAAAAUAUGCUUUGGCUUUCACCAAUGUUUGGUUACAGUGAGUCUGGUCACCGUGCGUUUGGCCUGCAUCACAAACCUUGUCUUUCGCUUUUUAAUUGUGAUGUCAUUCAAAACAACACCAGAGGUCAGCAUUGAGACAAGUUGCUUCUUCAGGAUACUUCUGUGGUGAGAAAGAUGCCAUUUACUUGAUAAUAAUUAGU